AUGACGGAGACCGAGGGCGAGAACCCUACACAGCUUGCGCUCGACACUGCAGCCCCCCUAAACCCCGCCUCCCACCUCCUCAAAGACGGCGCCGGUCCAUCGCGACCAAGCACCCCCUACACCUCAACCCCCCCCGUCGACCCCUCCAACGGCCUCUCCUGGCCCGCCCACGGCACCCUCUCCCGCCGACACGAAACCCCCACCCAACGCACCACCCGUAUCGAAAACAUUUCGACCCAUAUAACCUCGAUUUUGUCCAAUUUAGGCGAAGACCCGAGUCGUGAGGGGUUGUUGAAAACUCCGACACGGUUUGCGGAGGCUAUCGAUUUCUUUACGAGGGGGUACGAGGUUGAUUUGAAGGAUAUCGUGAAUGAUGCGAUUUUCGAGGAGGAUCAUGAUGAGAUGGUUGUCGUAAGGGAUAUUCCGGUGUUCAGUAUGUGCGAACACCAUCUGGUGCCGUUUACGGGCCACAUCCACAUCGGCUACAUCCCAAACCGCCGCGUCGUCGGCCUCUCCAAACUCGCCCGGAUCGCAGAGAUGUUUUCCCGCCGUCUCCAAGUACAGGAACGUCUCACUAAACAAGUCGCGUUGGCGAUCCAAGAGAUUUUGGCACCGCAGGGGGUUGGGGUGGUGAUGGAGGCGAGCCAUUUGUGUAUGGUGAUGAGGGGGGUACAGAAACCGGGGGCGACGACGGUUACCAGUGCUAUGUUGGGCGUGUUUAGGGAGGGGGGGAAGACGAGGGAGGAGUUCUUGAGUUUUAUUAGGGAUGGGUCGAGCAGAAGAUAG